GCAGGGGGGCAAAGCGGAAGAACACGAUGUGUCAUCAGCGAAACAAAACAAACCAGCGGUCUGCGUUCCGCUGUUCAUGUUACAUAAACGCUGCGUCGCGUUACAUUCAAAGCAAAGUGUUUACAUUCAUAUAGAUAAAUAAGAGUAUCGUCGGUGCUGUGAUAUUAAAUUUAAUAUCAUUUUAAAAGUAUUUUUAGCAAGCUAACAAGCUAACAGGCUAACGUUCAAUCUGUGCACGCAGAGGUGUAGUUCCGUCGUCCUUAACCUCAUAAACAACAUUACCUCAUGCUCGUCAAGGUGGCUCACUGUGCGUAUUAACAGGUCUAAAGCCUGGGCGCAGUUUGACAUUAAAGAUCAGAUAAAUCUUUGAAGCGUUUUCUCUGAAUCUGCUGAAACAUCAUUGUUAGCUGUUAGCUAGUGUGCACGGGGAAGAGGAGCUGGUUGGGCAAUGCAGGGAGUGAUGAUGUGACAACUCUGAGGGAAGCUCGUAGUCAGUCUGUGGAGCUGCCAUGAGAGGCUGGAAGUGUCUCUUGAUCGAGUAAACAGGUUAAUCUCCAUCAGCGGGACAUCACGGCUCUUAAACCUUCAUCAUGCCUGGGAUGGUCGCGUUUGGUCGUCGGUGGGGCAUCGCCAGCGACGACCUCGUUUUCCCCGGAUGCUUCGAGCUGUUUUUCCGUGUACUUUGGUGGAUCGGCACCAUGAUCCUGUUUACCUACCACAAAGGGAACUUUGACUGCAAUGGACGGGGAGUUCUUCACAGCUACCUGGUGGGACUGCUGGUCGUGUUGGCACUCAUCAUCCUGUCAUUAUGUGCCACUGUUUACGUCAGUGCCCAAGGUACCAUCACAAACCCUGGCCCACGGCGCUCUAUGCCAGCCCUGGUGUACCUGCGUGCUCUCCUGUACAUCCCUGAGCUGGUGUGGGCCUGUCUUGGAGCGGUCUGGGUGUCUGAUGACAGCAAAGGCUGCGAUCCUGCCACAGUGGGCGCGGUCAUCGCAGCAGUGAUUGCCAGCUGGGUCAUCCUGCUGUUCACCGCUAUAGGCGUGGUGUUUGUGUUUGACCCCCUGGGGAAUCCACGUCCCCGGCCUGCUGCCAUGGAGCCGCUAGGAGUGCGAGACCUGCAGAGCAGCGAGGGCACCCAGUUCUUCUCCACCGCUCGCUCCCUGGCGGUAAAGGUGUGGGAGAACCGGCUGCGGCUCAUGUGCUGCUGUCUGCCGCAGGAUGAGAGUCACCGAGCAGCGUUCUCGAGCAUCUCACAACUCCUCAGUGGAUUCUUCUCUGACACAGACCUGGUCCCAAGUGACAUAGCAGCUGGUCUGGCUCUGCUACACCAGGAGCAGGAUAAGAUGGAGCAAAGCAGAGACCCUGAUGUCACAGUGGACCACAGCCCCUCCUCCCCCAUUGGGGAAGAUCUGGAGACAGAGUUGGAGAAAGCAGCUCACUGUAUGCGCUUUGCUGCAGCAGCUUACGGCUGGCCGCUCUACAUCUACUCCAACCUCUUCACUGGACCCUGCAAACUCAGCGGAGACUGCUGUAGGAGCCAUGCUGCAGAGUACGACAUCGUGGGCGGAGACCACCUCGGCUGCCACUUUUCCUCCAUCCUGCACAGCACCGGUCUGCAGUACAGAGACUUCAUCCACGUCAGCUUCCACAACCAGAUCUAUGAGAUCCCGUUCUUUGUGGCUCUGGAUCACAAGAGAGAGGCUGUUCUGGUGGCUGUCAGAGGAACUCUGUCUCUCAAGGACGUUCUGACGGAUCUGUCUGCAGAGUGUGAGAACCUGCCCAUAGAAGGAGUGACUGGAGCAUGCUACGCUCACAAGGGAAUAUGUCAAGCAGCAGGUUACAUCUACAAGAAGUUGGUGAAUGACGGCAUCCUGAACCAGGCUUUCUCCAUCGCACCGGAGUAUAAACUGGUGAUCACGGGUCACAGUCUGGGCGCUGGCACAGCUUCUCUACUCGCUAUCCUCUUGCGCAAUUCUUUCCCCACCCUGCAGUGCUACUCAUUCUCUCCACCAGGGGGGCUCCUGAGUAAAGCUCUGGCUGAUUACUCAAAGGACUUCGUGGUCUCUGUUGUGCUUGGGAAGGAUUUAGUUCCCAGACUGAGCAUGCCCAACAUGGAGGAUCUGAAGAGAAGGAUACUCAAAAUAGUUUCCAACUGCAAUAAACCAAAGGUAAAUUCAUUCAAACACACCAUCCUUGAUAUCUUCUAUCACAGAAUCACUUCACGUGUGUUUUCUCUCUGUGUGUUGCAGUACCGCAUCCUGCUGCAGGGGUGCUGGUAUGAGCUGUUCGGAGGAGACCCGGACGACUUCCCCACCGAGAUGGAUAACAGGAGGGAGGAGGAGCUGAGCCAGCCGCUGUUAGGGGAGGAGUCGCUGAUCAUCCGUCACUCAUCGUCCUAUCAGAGCCUGGCGUCAGACGACUCACCUGCCCACACGGCUGCACACUUACCUUUGUUCCUGCCUGGACGCAUUCUGCACAUCACAGAAGACGGACCGUCACGGAGGUCCUGCUUCUCCCAGGUCCGGUACCGUGCUGACUGGUCUAAUGAAAUGGCCUUCAGGAGUGUUCUGAUCAGUCCCAGGAUGCUUGCAGACCACAUGCCUGACGCUGUGCUCCGAGCGCUCAACAGCCUCACCAGCGACAGACCCUUCCCCUUCUGCCCGUCGUCUUUAAACAACAGCCAGCACAACACAAUCUGAAGUGUACCGUUGUGACUGACUCCCUGUGUGUGCGCUCCCAGACCGGAUUGUAGGGAAUGACAUGAACCGAGAGAUUAACAUAUCAUGAUCUCCUUAAUGCAUCUGAUUUAUAAACAUGUUGGAGCACAAGUUCUUUGUAUAAUUGCACUUUUCAUUAAGUUAAUUUAUGUUGUUUUUUACUGAGUUCCUCCAUGAGCAACUUGAUGCCAUGACCUUUGAAUGUUCGUCAUGUACAGUAUUUGGCAGUGCUGCAGUUUUACUCUAAUGUGAUUGUUUGUGUGAGUGCUGAAUGGCUGGAGGGGAAACCGCCCUGACGUCAGUGAAAGUGAAAAGCUGUCUUCCUUUCCGGUGAAGAGGACUGAGGGGCAGCCUGACCCAAAUAUGAGGAUUUGACCCACAAAUGUGGAUGAACACAUUGCGUCUUUAAUUGUGUAGUAUCUUUAGCGUGUGUGUCUUGUGUUUUAAUGUCUUAUUACAUCAGGAUGAACAGUGCCUAUGCAGAAAAAAAGUCCACAGGAUCGCUUUAAAGAACGACGGUGAUAAGUGCAGUGUGUUUACAACCAGUUUUGUUAUGCAUUUUCUACAAUGCAGUUUAGGUAUUGCAUGGUGUUUGGCAAAAAAAUGAAAGUUAGCAAAGGUAGAAGAUUGUACAUUUUGUGGGAGUGUAUUUAAUUGCCAUGGAUAUUACUUAUUGUUUCAGGUAAUGUAUGAUAUAAAGUUUGACUCGGCUGAUGCCUGCAUAACUAUCUCACAUCCUCAACAGACUGCAUUGGACUUCCUGAUCUGAAUAAAAGCUUUUGUGAAACUAA